AUGGCUACGCGAUCGAGCCUUCGGCACAAGUUAGAAUAUAAAGAGUGGGAAAAAAGUGGAAAACAAAGAACUCUGUUGACGCUAGACUUGUUUAGACAAAAUUUGAGGCAGUUACCUGAUGAACUUUAUGGUUUAAAAGAGCUGGAAGCUUUGAUUCUAGGAAGUAACGCGCACAUAGAGCUCCCAAAUGAGCUAACAAAACUGACUAACCUUAAAGUUUUGAGCUUAGCUAACUGCAACCUUGCCACAGUUCCCGCUGCCGUGAUGAAACUUCCGCAGUUAAAAAUGCUGAUCCUCAGCCGCAAUGAGAAAAUCACCCUGCCGGAUGAGAUGUCGGGUCUCACCAACCUCACUGCCCUGGACUUAGCUGGCUGUAAACUGGACACACUACCGCCUGUAGUGCUGCAACUACCAAACCUACAGGAGCUGAAUCUAACAGGCAAUACGAAGACCUCCCUGAUAGAUGAGCUGUAUAGGAUAAAAAACUUGAAAGUGCUGAGACUGCGUGACUGUAACCUGAACACCGUUCCACCUGCAGUACUGAAACUCCCCCAGCUGGAGGAACUGGACCUCAGCGGGAACAGAGGGAUCCACCUGCCGGAUGGGCUGGCAGGACUCACCAACAUCCGGGUACUGAAAGUAGCGACAACAGGCAUGACGAUAGUUCCUCCGGAAGUAUGCAGACUUAUACAGUUAGAACGGCUGCACCUGCUCGGUAACCAACUACAGACGUUACCCGCGGAAAUCGGACAGCUCACUAACGUCAAGCACUUGGAUCUGUCCUGGUGCAAGCUGCGCACACUCCCACCUGAAGUGGGGAGAUUGACACAGUUAGAACGGCUGGACCUGAGCCGUAACCAACUGCAGACGUUACCCGCGAAGUUUGCACAGCUCAGUAGCUUACGUGACCUUGACGUUAGUGACAAUCCACUAAUAAAACCACCAGUUGAAGUUUGCCGUCAGGGGAUCGCUGCUAUCAAACAGUACUUUGAUGAAGUUGAACGCUCGGAAGAAAAGACAAGCGCUCAUUUGAAAGUUGUCGUCUUGGGAGAGAAAAUGGCGGGAAAAACAAGCCUGGUACAGACGCUAGACAGGGGCAAGUCCACCCUGACAGAAGAAGAGGACCGCACACACUGUGUAGAGAUAACUCAGUGGGCACCUGAUGACAACAUUACGUUUGAAGUGUACGACUUUGGUGGCCAUGACGUGUACCAUCUCACUCAUCAGUUCUUCCUGACUCCAGCUGCCUUUUACCUGUUAUUAGUGAACCUGCAGACAUACAGCUGCAGUGAAGAGAGGUACACAGAAGCCGUGGGGUUCUGGUUGGACACACUGAAUGCCCGCGUGCCGGGGGCGGUGGUUACAAUAGUGGGAAGCAAGAAGGACCUUUGUCAAACUGGCGAAGUAAAAACAAAGACCAAGGACGUUCAAGCAAGGAUCAGAAAGCAAAAAGAGAGGUGGGAAAAAGAACAAAGACAAAUAGGAGAAGUGACUACUAACAUUCAGAUUCAAAGUCGUUUAAAAUCAGUGGAAGACAUAGGCCAGCACCACUUACGCACGCUGAAGCCAGGACUACGUAUCGUCGGUGAUGCGCUUGAGCUUUGUGUGUCCGUUAAACCCAAGUCUCUAUUUCACCUAUCAUGGUCACCUCGAUCUUGGGAAAGAUUUCGAGACUUUUUGUUAGAAACAGCAAAUGAUAAGAAAUUAUUUCCGACGUUAACAAGAAUUCUGCCAAAGACAUGGCUAGACUUCGAACAACUAGUUCGACGCCAAGCUUCCACUGAAACAGGCUCUAGCGUUGUAACGUCUCCGCGGAAGGAUCACGUGACUCAGGAUGUUGAAAUGUCCACACGGCAUUGGCUGACAAUGACCGACUGUGCACGACUUGGGCAACUUGUGGGGCUCUCUUUAGAAAGACUACAGUCAGCCCUGUCUUACCUGCAGCAGGUGGGAACCAUCCUCAGGUACACGGACAUACCGGAACUCAAGGACUACGUCUUCCAUGAUCCUCCCGCCUUGAUUGAACUUUUCAAAAACCUGUUUCAUCACGAUACAAGCGCACUUUUCUUAACACCCAGACUUUCUCACUUCACGUCUACCCAGCUACGUACAUUCCAGUCGGAUCUUUGCGACUGUGGACUGAUCCAGAGGGAAGUGAUGACGUGUUUGUUACCGCCCAAUGUCAGUCCAGACAUCGUCACAGCAUUGAUGCAACAUUUUGGCCUGUGUUUUGAGGUACUAGCUAAGGACAAUACAGGCCCUUCCAAACAUACCCGCCAGUACAAAAUCCCCUGGUAUUUACAUAAACAAAUGCCAGAAGAGCUGAAGAGCGUCUGGCCAGAUGAUGUACCAGAAGAUCAGGAGCAGCUGCAGCUGAUGUGCAACAUCAGAGGAUUCUGUCCACGGGGACUGUUUCAGAGGUUCAGUGUUGGGAUCCAUCCACUUGUCAAGGACAGGGUAGACUGGAAAGAUGGAGUCAUGGCCUACAGGCAGGACUACCCCGUACUAGUGUGUUCGAAUCCUGUUGCAGACGACACAUACAUCACCAUGGCAACCAGAGGCAGGCUUGCCCAGGCAGAUGAGAUGUGGGGCGUGGUCCACCCACUGCUGGAGGUGCUGGUCCAGCUGCUGCAGGAGUGGCCAGGUGUGCUGUACUCCCUCCACGUCACCUGUGCGCACUGCAUCAAGGCAGGACUGGACAGGCCGUACCAGCACAAACUGAGGGACCGGACUGCAGAGGACGGCCGUGACGUCAGGUGUCGCAGGGUCAAGAAGACAGAAUCAACUUCAGCAGACCUUGUGUACAGACCAGGCAGAUUGUCUGUAAGUUCCCAUCAACUCAAAAGACCCCCGGUCCAUGAUGUGUAUGGAAAAGAUCCCAGGACGUUUGCAGGGAACUCACCAGGAGGCAAACCUGUGGUGCUGCUGGUCAAUGACGAAUUCGGAACUUCGAAGGGCGGAAUCUCCACUGUUAACGGCCAGCUGAGAGACCUGCUGACCACUGCCGGAGCGAAGGUCCUCAUCACUGUAUUAAAGGCUACAGAAGCGGAAAAGCAAGAAGCACUGAAACACGGCAUUGACUUGGUCCUACCCAUUUCUCUAAAAGGUGACAAAGGACCACCCGACUUAAUCUGGCUCACUGAGGACCACAAAGUCCGUUAUCCAAACAUCCCGUCAGAUAUAAGCGUCAUCGUUGGCCAUGCUGACGUCACCAGCACAGCUGCGAGGAACAUCAAGAAAGAUCGUCUUCCAUCCGCCAAGUUCAUCCUCUUCAAUCAUGUCAUGCCGGAAGACACUGAGCACUACAAGAGCCUAGAUAAGGCCAUGAGCAUUGGAGACAAAAUGAAAGCUAUUCGGGAAGACACGGAAGAGGCUGACGUUGUGUUCUCCGUCGGACCAACAAUGCAUGAUUACUACCAGAACCAGAUCAGACUCUCAAGGCCGCACCACCUGUUCUUGCCGAAGCCAUCCGACAUCUUCAGUCAAAUGGACGUAACGUAUGUCAAAACAAGGACCAAAGUGGUUCUGUGUGUCGGCAGGGUCAAGGGCGUUGAGAAGCUGAAGGGUUACGACCUUGUGGCGAAGGCCAUGGCCAUUGUGAUAGAACGUUGUGGUGCCCUAGAGGAAAGACUAGAUGUAAGAUUGAGAGUCCGCGGCAUCAGCGCUGAGGAUUUCCCAGAAAGCAAACGAAUCAUCCAAGCCAACAUUGAGAAGGGUACAUUCCACUUCACUCCUCUGAAGUACGCCACUCAGGAAGAGCUAAGCAAAGACUUACAAGAAGCACACCUGGUCCUGAUGCCGUCACGCGCAGAGCCAUUCGGACUGGUCGGUCUCGAGGCCAUCGCUGCAGGCGUCCCGGUUCUCGUCUCCGGCAAAUCGGGACUAGCAGAGUUCCUGCAAAGCAGAGGGGCCGAAUUCAGCCGCCUGAUUGUAGACAUUGACGGCAGCGACGACGUAGUUGCCGAAGGACUAGCGGAGCGCAUCAUCAAUAUACUUAAAGGUGGACAGGAGGAGUUCCAGGCCGCAAAACGGCUGAAAGACAAACUGUUGGCGUCAGAAUACUGGAAUGACGCGCACAGGAAGUUCUUGGAAGAAUGUGGCAUCCCACUGUGACAACAUUAUUGACACUAGUACUGUAACGUUUCUUUCCCAAUGUUAAAAUCCUUAGC